AUGAGUAACGACGACAUUGAACAGCGCUGCAAUGCGCUACGACUGGAUCUAAAAGCCUGGGAAAAGAAAUUCGCGGCGCAGAACAACGGCCGAAAAGCGGGACGCGACGACAUCAAGGGCAAUGCCGAGAUUUCACAAAAAUAUAAAGAGUACAAUAAGCUACGAGCUCGACAGUCCAGCAAAGCAGCGCCACAGACACCUUCAAAGCGAGGCGCAAGUCGCAAAGCAAACCUCGAUGUCGAGCGCACGCCGAAAGCCGCACCCAAGGCCACUAUUACCACACCGAUGAAGAGGAAGAGGGAUGAGGAGGGUUCUAUAGAGAACGUUGAUCAUGACAAACUCCUCUCCCCACAAGGGCCUACGGUCAUCGGACCAACCCCACAGCGUGACGGCAUAGUGUUGGGUUUGUUCGACGAGCUUCCGUUCGCAUACGAUACACCUAGUAAACCGAGGAACGUCUUGGGGGACGUGGGUCUCAACGUGCCACAAACACCGAGCAGACGAUUACAAGACGCAGCAAGCGAGACUUCACUAGAGUCUAGGGCAAGGGGGGAGAGGACACCACUAUCAGCAGGGAAGCGCUUCCUGUUAAACCAAUUUGUCACACCAAAGAAGAGGAGGUUAGACGAGCAAGGCACGCCGUCAUCAGCACUAGGGCUGGCCACGCCUGCCUUUCUCCGGAGAGACAAUGUUCUGAGCGCCAUUGACGAAGACAAUGAAGCAACACCUCGACCAGCGCCUUGGAAACGUCGUGGACUAGUGCGUAGUUUAAGUACUAUGAUACAAGCCAUGAAGAAGGAUGAAAACGAUAAACUUGACGAAGAGGCGGAUAUCAUGCGCGAAAUGGAGAUGGAGGAACAGGGCAUCUCAAGGCCGCGAAAAAAGGCCAAAACGCCACAGCUUCUGGUGGAAGAUAGCCAAGCGCCGAUGCCUUUGGGUCCAGAUCGAGGCCUCGAAUCAGAAGACAAUAGUGACGAAGAGCCGGAACUGGGUGCCAAUGGUAAGCCACGUAAGGCUUGGAAAAAGAAGGGCCUGAAGAGGCAGACACGGCGGGUGAUUAUGCGCCCGAACAUCACAAAACCCAAACCUGUGCCAGCUCCAAAAGACCAAGAUGAGACAGAAGAAGAGGGGUCAGGCGUACCCGAGACACAACUCCCUGUAGACGCUGCAGACGAGUUCGGCUCGGACUUUGACGACGAGUCUGACUACGCGAGUGAUGCUUCCCACACACCAAAGCCGAGAAAAGUGACGGCAAAGAAGCCCCAGCAAGCUGCCGAUAAGCCUGCUGAUCAGCCUGCCAAAGAGAGUCUUCUUAAAACCGCGGCCCGAAAAAUCAAGGCUACGGCAAAUGCCAACUAUCGGAGACUGAAUAUCAAGGGCAAGGCAGCGACCGGUGGGAAGAGCGGGAAGGGUAAGUUCGGUAGGAGGAAAUAG